CGUCUCUAGCUCUUCUUCUUCACCGAAUCACCGCCACCUUUUCGCGCGUCCUUAGCACUCUUUCUCUGGAAGGGAACGCUCGAGAAGCCCAAGCGGAAAUCAGAGAAACCCCACAUCAAAUUUUGGCCUCUUCGACACAGAGUUGGCAGUACCUGGAGGCACAUGAUGAAUCCUGAGAAGUUCACCCACAAGACGAACGAGGCGCUAGUCAGUGCUCACGAGCUGGCGGUGAGCGCUGGCCAUGCGCAGUUCACCCCUCUCCAUGUCGCCGUCGCUUUGAUCUCGGACCCAACUGGAAUCUUCAAUCAAGCGAUCACCAGCGUUGGUGGUGAAAAUGCGGCCAAAGCAGUGGAGAGAGCCCUGAAGGAAGCCCUGAGGAAGUUUCCCUCGCAGAGCCCACCGCCCGAUGCAGUUCCCGCGAGUUCUAGCUUGAUUAAGACGAUAAGGCGGGCUCAGGCCGCUCAGAAGGCGCAGGGGGACUCUCAUUUGGCCGUCGACCAGCUGAUCUUAGGCCUCCUCGAGGACUCCCAAAUCAGGGACCUGCUUAAAGAAGCGGCGGUUGAUCCUGGGAAGGUGAAGUCCGAGGUCGAGAAGCUGCGGGGCAAAGAAGGGAAGAGAGUGGAAAGUGCCAUGGGAGACACCACUUUCCAGGCAUUGAAGACUUAUGGACGUGACCUGGUCGAGGAGGCUGGUAAGUUGGACCCUGUCAUUGGUCGCGACGAGGAGAUUAGGAGGGUCGUGAGAAUCCUCUCAAGGAGGACUAAAAACAACCCGGUUCUUAUUGGGGAGCCUGGAGUGGGUAAAACUGCAGUGGUAGAAGGCUUGGCUCAGAGGAUAGUGAAAGGCGACGUGCCAAGCAACUUAGCUGACGUGAGAGUCGUGGCAUUGGACAUGGGCGCCUUGGUCGCGGGCGCGAAGUAUAGAGGUGAAUUCGAGGAGCGUGUCAAGGCAGUUUUGAAGGAAGUGGAGGAGAACCAAGGGAAAGUGAUCCUGUUCAUUGAUGAAAUUCAUCUUGUUCUUGGAGCGGGGCGAACCGAAGGGUCCAUGGACGCCGCAAAUCUGUUUAAGCCCAUGCUCGCUAGGGGUCAGCUCAGGUGCAUUGGCGCCACGACCCUUGACGAGUACAGGAAGUACGUCGAGAAAGAUGCGGCCUUUGAGAGGAGGUUCCAACAGGUUUAUGUGGCAGAGCCAAGCAUUGCCGACACAAUAAGCAUUCUGCGAGGGCUGAAAGAGAAGUAUGAAGGGCAUCACGGUGUUCGGAUUCAAGACCGAGCCCUCGUGGUCGCUGCACAAUUGUCGAGCAGAUACAUAACUGGUCGUCAUCUGCCCGAUAAGGCCAUAGAUCUGGUUGAUGAGGCCUGUGCGAAUGUGCAAGUCCAGCUGGAUAGCCAGCCAGAAGAAAUAGACAACCUUGAAAGGAAGAAAGUGCAAUUGGAAAUUGAGCUCCAUGCUCUCGAGAAAGAAAAGGAUAAGGCGAGCAAAGCUCGACUAAUGGAUGUCCGUAAGGAGCUUGAUGACUUGAGAGACAAGUUACAGCCUCUGAUUAUGAAGUACAGAAAGGAAAAACAAAGAAUUGACGAGAUUCGGCAGCUCAAGCAAAAGAGAGAAGAGCUCCUCCUAGCUGCCCAAGAGGCAGAAAGAAGAUAUGACUUGGCUAGAGCUGCAGAUUUGCGGUAUGGGGCAAUCCCGGAAGUGGAAAAUGCUAUCGCAGAGCUUGAAGGAAAUGCCGAAGAGAACUUGAUUUUGACCGAGACUGUCAGGCCAGAGCAUAUAGCAGAGGUAGUGAGCCGCUGGACCGGCAUACCUGUUACGAGGCUCGGCCAGAACGAGAAGGAGCGGUUGAUCGGGCUGGCAGAGAGAUUGCAUCAGAGAGUUGUCGGACAAAAUCAAGCGGUCGAUGCUGUUGCUGAUGCUGUGUUGAGAUCUAGAGCCGGGUUAGGAAGACCACAGCAACCAACUGGAUCAUUCCUAUUCCUGGGUCCGUCUGGAGUUGGCAAGACAGAGCUUGCAAAGGCUCUCGCCGAGCAGCUCUUUGAUGAUGAAAAUCAAAUUGUGAGAAUUGACAUGUCUGAGUACAUGGAGCAACAUUCGGUCGCCCGUCUGAUUGGUGCGCCUCCUGGAUAUGUUGGCCACGAGGAGGGUGGGCAACUCACUGAGGCCGUGAGGCGGAGACCUUACAGCAUUGUGCUGUUCGAUGAGGUUGAGAAAGCGCAUGUAUCUGUCUACAACACCCUACUUCAAGUUUUGGACAAUGGAAGACUUACUGAUGGCCAGGGCCGCACGGUCGACUUUCGAAAUACUGUUAUCAUCAUGACCUCAAAUCUCGGGGCAGAGCACCUCCUGUUGGCACUCACAGGCAAGUGCUCGAUUGAAGCAGCUUGCGAACGAGUCAUGCAAGAGGUGAGGAAGCAUUUCAGGCCAGAGUUGCUUAACCGGCUCGAUGAGAUCGUUGUGUUCGAUCCUCUGUCACACGAUCAACUGAGGAAAGUUGCCAGGUUGCAGAUGAAAGAAGUGGCUGCCCGGCUUGCCGAGAGAGGCAUCGCUUUGGCAGUGACCGACGCGGCUUUGGACUACGUCUUAGCUGAAAGCUAUGAUCCAGUUUAUGGUGCUAGACCCAUCCGGAGGUGGCUCGAGAAGAGAGUCGUGACUGAGCUGUCUAGGAUGCUCAUAAGGGAGGAGCUCGAUGAGAACUCAACUGUUUACAUAGACGCUGCGCCGCACGGCGAUGGGUUGGUGUACCGAGUGGAGAAGAAUGGAGGAGUUUUCAAUCUGGAAACCGGGCAGAAGUCCAAUAUACUCAUUCAGGUACCAAACGGGCCUAAAAACGACAGGGCUCACCAGCAGGUUAACAAGACAGUUAAAAAGAUGAAGAUCGAGGAAAUCGACGACAAUGAAGAAAUGGAUGACACGAAUCCUUGAUUGAGAAAUCAUCAAAAAGUGUUGCGGAAUCUUAAACCCUUUUUUUUUAUCUUCUUAUGUGUGGUUCCGAUGGUAAAUUGUUAUAAGAUGUUUAGUCUUGUGACAUUUUUAUCCUAGGUUACA